CUACGGCUGCGAUCGAAGACAUUCAUCCGAAUACGAUGAAGAGCUCAGCUCAUAGCCACAGCAGCGACGCUGGACUCGCGGUAGAUUCGUCCAAUGCAGAUUCUUCAGUGGAGACGGGAAUUGUUGCCGGAGAUGUCCACGAAGAACGCGACGAAAUAAAGGAAGUGCAGAAGCUGGCAAAGAAAGAAACUUCAUACAUUCGACUUUGGCGACUCGUUGUGAUCCUCUCCUUACUUGUCACUGGUGCCGUUGUUUCAACCCUAACAUUUGUCUUUUUGAAGGCGGAAGAGCAAGAUGAUUACGUGGAUGCGUAUUACCUCUUUGCCAACACGGUUGGAGACAUAACUCAAUUUCGUGUCGAGAAUAUGUUUGAAGAGGUAAACGGAAUAAGCAACAUGUUGACGGCACACGCCAACGACAGCGGACAAUCAUUCCCUUUGGUAACGCCAUUGCCUCAAUUCGAGGUUCAUGGAGAUCAUGCCCGGGUACAGUCUGGCAUCGAAACUUUUAGUUACUUGCCCUUUAUAACAUCGGAAACGCGUACGGCGUGGGAGCUAUUUUCGGUUCAGAAUCAGGAUUGGAUUUCCCUAAGCAGGGUACGUCACAGCAAUGAACUCAGAUUGUGCUACACUUUCAAAGAAAAAAUUAUUCUCAUCCUUCGUUUUUUCUUGGUGAAGAACGUUGCUCUCGGGCGCGAUGAUACUUUGAGUGAAACGGACUUUGUCGUGGCCAAUAUAACGCCAGUUAUCUUCGAAUUUUCCGAAACAGGUCCAGGCUAUGCAACGCCGGGAAAAAGCUUGUACAUACCAAUUUCCCUGACCAGUCCACCACCCUUCAACCCUUACAUUCUUAAUUUCGAUUUGGCGUCCAUUCCAGAUGUACCCCCUGUUAUUGACGCCAUGACUGCUCUGAAAGAUUCUGUGCUAUCUGCCAUAACAGACGUAUCAGCAAUUGCCGGAUCAACGUACUCGGUACAGGAUCAUCAGACAUACCAUGAUUUGUUUGUGACAAGCGUGGGAAACGAAACUGUCGGAGAAAGACCGCAUAGUUUCAUGUACACGCCUGUCUAUCGUGAACUCGGAAAUGAUAGCUCUCCAAUUGUAGGAUUAAUUCUCUCUACAUUGGCGUUCGAUCGCUACAUGGCAGACUUGCUUCCUGACAAAGUCAGCGGAAUAUUUGCUGUGCUGGUGAAUUCUUGCGGAGAUUCACAUACGUGUGAGUUGACGGGUAGCCGCGCCAUCUAUUUGGGCAGUGGAGAGCUAUAUGAGCAAGCAUAUGCUAACCUUGAGGUAACGGUGCCUUUUUCUGCAUACAAACGUCCCGCGGCUGCAAGCAGCAUCGAAGGACACUGCUUAUUUCAGCUUCGUUUAUAUCCGGGGAGCUCGUUUGUCGAAGGGUAUCGAACUAACCAACCAACAAUCUUUGCAACAGCUAUCGCCGUUACGUUCUUUCUCAUGGCCAUGACGUUCUUGAUCUACGACCGUUUCGUAAAUCGCCGCAAUGCAAAGGUUGUCAACGCCGCCGCCAGAUCUAACGCCAUUGUGUCAUCUUUGUUUCCUUCCAAUGUUCGUGAUCGUAUCUACGAAGAAGCUGAAGAGAAGAACAAAGCGGCUAAGAAUUCAGGUAUUCUUGCGCCGCAAUCUCGUCUGAAGGAUUUUUUGAACAACGGAGGCUUCGAUGCGGAAGUGUUGGAAGACGAGGACGACAUUGCAGUAUUCAAGACGAAACCGAUCGCUGAGCUUUUCCCAGAGACCACGAUAAUGUUUGCAGAUAUUGCAGGUUUUACCGCCUGGAGUUCCAGCCGAGAACCAGCUCAAGUUUUCAUGCUUCUUGAAACCCUUUACCACGCCUUUGAUGAUAUUGCCAAGAAGCGACGCGUAUUUAAGGUAGAAACUGUUGGUGACUGUUACGUAGCCGUCUCAGGACUACCCGACCCUCGCAAGGACCAUGCUGUGGUCAUGGCGCGCUUUGCCAAGGACUGUAUGCAUAGAAUGCACUUUCUUACGAAAAGGCUGGAAGUCUCCCUUGGUCCCGACACUGCGGAGUUGUCACUACGAAUCGGGUUGCACAGUGGACCAGUCACUGCUGGUGUGCUCCGUGGUGAACGAUCUCGCUUUCAGCUAUUUGGCGACACAAUGAACACAGCAUCUCGCCUAGAAUCGACUGGUCUUCGAGAUCGAAUUCAAAUUUCUCAAGAUACGGCCAAUAUCCUUAUUCGAGCAGGGAAAGCGGAAUGGUUCAAACCUCGCGACGAUGUUGUCGUGGCGAAGGGUAAAGGUGAAAUUAAAACGUAUUGGCUCUCCGUUGGAGAAAAAGGCAACGGAACGUCUGCAACAGAGUCAACGCAUAACAGUGAAGAUGGUGGUUUUAAUUCCCUUGCACAAACUCUCGGUGGUAGCGACAUCGACGGCGCAGGAUCGGGUCAUCAAAUUUAUCGACUUGCUUCCGAGAAGGCAACUAGGCUGAUUGACUGGAACGUUGAUAUCCUUGCUAGACUUCUCAAGCAAAAAAUGGCUAGUCGCAAAAUGUCAGUAUUUCGAAGUGGAGCUGUGCAUUCUUCUGUGCAUGAGGCGAAUAUAGUCGGCACUGUGCUCGACGAGGUCAAGGAAGUGAUAAAUUUGCCUGCCUUUGAUAUCAGAUCCGUCAAGCAUCAACAGGAUCCUGAUGCUGUUGAGCUCGCACCAGCAGUUAUGUAUCAGCUUCGCGAAUACGUGUCAAAUGUCGCAGCAAUGUAUAAAGACAACUCGUUUCAUAACUUCGAACAUGCGUCGCACGUAACAAUGUCCGUGGUCAAGCUCCUAUCGCGUAUCGUGGCGCCAGCGGACGUUGUUGUUCAGAACGAAGGUCAGAAGAAAGCAAUCUUUGCGUCCAAGCUUCACGAUCACACAUACGGCAUCACUUCCGAUCCACUGACGCAGUUUGCUUGCGUCUUCUCGGCACUCAUUCACGAUAUCGACCAUAGCGGUGUGUCCAACACACAACUGAUAAAGGAGGGCUCAAAGAUCGCGACAUUCUACAAGAACAAGAGCGUAGCCGAACAGAACUCGGUCGACUUAGCCUGGGAUCUUCUAAUGGAUUCCACUUUCGAAGAUCUUCGGAAUUUAAUAUACUCCACUCAGGACGAAAAAGACCGUUUUCGGCAGCUCGUCGUCAACUCUGUUAUGGCUACGGAUAUUAUGGACAAGGAUCUAAAACAGCUGCGCAAUGCUCGUUGGGAAAAGGCUUUCUCACUGGAUCAUGUAGAAGAAAACAGUCGAGAGAAUACUAACCGAAAGGCGACGAUUGUGAUUGAGCAUUUGAUCCAAGCAUCGGAUGUGGCUCAUACGAUGCAGCACUGGCAUAUUUACCGCAAGUGGAACGAGAGGCUUUUUGUGGAAAUGUACAAUGCCUUCGAAAACGGCAGAGCCGAUAAGAAUCCAGCGGAUUUUUGGUACAAGGGCGAGCUUGGAUUUUUCGACUUCUAUAUUAUUCCUUUGGCGAAGAAGCUGAAGGAUUGCGGUGUAUUUGGUGUUUCAAGUGACGAGUAUCUCAACUACGCCAUGCGAAAUAGACAGGAAUGGGAAGAGCGCGGCCAGCAAGUCGUCCGCGAAAUGAUGGCCGCGAUAGGGAUCAACCGUGAAUGAAUUACUAUGAAGUAG